AUGCCUCGGAAGAAGGCGCGUGAAGCCUUCUCACUAAGCAUGCGAAAUAAAAUUCCUGGUGGGGUAGCUCAGAUGUUGAGUGGUGUGUGUGACCCUUCGGGCGUAAUCAUCAAUAACAAAAAUAUCUUUCAAUUUGCAGCCUAUUUGAGAUCAAGUGCUUUCAGCUCGUUUCAGCCCACCCUUUCGUGUUUGUUGGUGAUUUGUGGGGCCAUGGGUGAUGACUACACCGUGCCGCUUGAGUUGUUUUGCCUGAUACCCUUUUUCCUGGGCGCUCUUUGCUCUUGGUGUCUGUGGUGGUGCUGGUCUGCGCGCAAAUCUUCGGGAUGUUGCUCAGAUAUCAUGACAGGUGAGGAAGAACAUGUCGCUCCUGAAAAGAAGAAAGCCAAUUCAAAGCUGGAUCGUGGUGUAAGAUCAUUUUCCAGUGAGUUUUUGUACCUUCCAAGUUCUGGACAUUGUAUCCACAGUGAUCCAGGCUGCUGCAACAUGAAGAGCCCUCAGAAGGUCAAGGUUUGUAGCAAGUGUUUUGUUUGAUCAAAGACCAAUCAUGAGAACAGCCUAGCACCAUAGCGAAUCGCAAUUGCCAGGGUGACAAAA